AUGUCCAACCAGUCCCUCUCCAUAGUCCUGGCCGAGCGGCCCAAGGGCCCAGUCAUCCCAGGCCAAACCUUCCACCAGAAACAAACCCCCAUCCCUGCCCCCUCCACCCUCAAGGACGGCCAGAUUCUCCUCGAGACGCUCUAUCUCUCCCUCGAUCCUGCCAUGCGCAGCUGGCUAGAUGAUGCCCGCUCCUACGUGCCCCCAGUCCAGCUCGGCGCCGUCAUGCGCGGCUCCGUCAUCGGGCGUGUGCUCGCCUCCAAGUCCGACCGCGCCAAGGCCGGCGACUAUGUCGUCGCCAUGACUGGGUGGCAAGAGGUUGCCGUCGCUGGCCCAAAGGAGUUCGAGACGGUGUCGGAGAUUAUGGGUGGCAGCGCUGGCAAGGAGGAGCAGCUGGGCAAGGGUGUGGGCCUGACGGAUCUCCAGGGCGUGCUGGGCUUGACGGGCUUGACGGCGUAUUUCGGCAUGACCACCAUCGGAAAGCCCAAGGCGGGCGAGACGGUGGUGAUCAGCGGCGCAGCUGGGGCGACAGGGUCGGUGGCGGGGCAGAUGGCCAAGAUUGCGGGUGCCAAGGUGAUUGGGAUUGCGGGGAGCGAGGACAAGUGCAGGUGGCUGGAGAGGGAGGUCGGCUUUGAUGUGUGCUUGAACUAUCGAGACCCGGAGUUUAAGAAGAAGUUCAAGGAGGCCACACCGAAGUACAUUGAUGUGUACUGGGACAAUGUGGGCGGUGAUAUCCUCGACAUGGCGCUGGCGAGGGCGGCAAAGGAUGCACGAUUCGUCAUGUGUGGUGCUAUCAGCCAGUACAACUCGCCUGAUCCCAAGGGUCCAAGGCAAAUUUCCAAGGUCAUCACGCAGCGCAUCCGCAUGGAGGGUUUCAUCGUCUUCGACCACGCCAAGCAGUACCCGGUGGCCCGCAGGCAGCUCGCGCAGUGGCUGGCCGAGGGCAAGAUCAAGAGACAGGAGACUAUCGUCAAGGGCGGGCUGAAGGUUGCCGAGAAGUCGCUGGUGGACCUAUUCAAGGGUGGAAACACAGGAAAACUUCUCGUAGAGGUCAAGUCUCCGGAGACGACAAGCAAACUGUAA